CAGGCAGGAAUCAGGAGAAACUGGCGCAGAGUUUGGCCGUCCGGUUUACCUUUGCCCUCCGGCAUUUCCUCCUUCCUUAACAUGUCAGGUGAGUUCAGCAAACUGCUGCUCUACCUGCGCCGCGCAGACUCUGACACAACCGGGAGGCGUGGAGGAACACCGAGGCAGAGAGUCGAUCAUUUCACCGGAGGAAGCUUCCCGGCUCGGUUCUACUCAUGGCCAGUUAGCAACUUUGCGCAGCUCAAGAUGUUCUCCUUCCUGCGCUCAGGUAGAAAUCCCCCGGCUGAGAACAUCCACAUCUCCUCUCUGCCGCCCAGCAUUCCCCUGGAUCCAGAACCAGAUCCGCCAGGCCAACAAGAGGACUCUGUUAAAAACCAGGAGAAAGCCGUCAUCCAGACCACAUACACUCACCGGGGAUCGUCCGCGCCUUCGGUUUUCCUGCAGAACCGCAGCAAUGAACCGGCUCCCGCCACGUACUUUGAGCAGAGAGUCCCUGUUCCUGAUGAGGACACUGAGAGACUGUUCAGUCUGCGUAAACUCUGGGCCUUCACCGGGCCCGGGUUUCUGAUGAGCAUUGCCUAUCUGGACCCGGGAAACAUCGAGUCUGACCUGCAGUCAGGAGCUAAAGCUGGAUUUAAGCUCCUCUGGGUGUUGCUGCUGGCCACCAUCAUCGGCCUGCUGCUGCAGCGGCUGGCGGCGCGGCUCGGCGUCGUCACCGGGAUGCACCUGGCUGAAGUCUGCAACCGCCAGUACCCCACGGUGCCCAGAAUCCUGCUGUGGUUGAUGGUGGAGCUGGCGAUCAUCGGCUCCGACAUGCAGGAGGUCAUCGGCUGCGCCAUCGCCUUCAACCUGCUGUCCAAUCACAGGAUCCCCCUCUGGGCCGGUGUGCUCAUCACCAUUAUCGACACCUUCUUCUUCCUCUUCCUGGAUAAGUACGGCUUGAGGAGGCUGGAGGCCUUUUUUGGUUUGCUUAUUACUAUUAUGGCCAUAACAUUUGGAUACGAGUACGUGAUGGUGGCUCCUGACCAAGGCCAGCUGCUGAAGGGGAUGUUUGUGCCGUACUGCGAAGGCUGCGGGCCGGUUCAGCUCACCCAGGCCGUCGGCGUGGUGGGCGCCGUCAUCAUGCCUCAUAACAUUUACCUCCACUCCGCUCUGGUGAAGUCUCGGGAAGUGGAUCGCUCGAAGAAGAAAGAAAUAAAAGAGGCUAACAAGUACUUCUUCAUCGAGUCGGCCAUUGCUCUGUUUGUCUCGUUCCUCAUCAACGUGUUUGUGGUUGCCAUCUUUGCUGAGGCGUUCUACCAGCGCUCAAACAUCGAGGUGUAUAACGUCUGCAACCAGUCGAGCAUUCCUCACUCCAACCUCUUCCCUCUGGACAACAAAACUCUGGAGGUUGACAUUUAUAAAGGGGGAGUGGUUCUGGGCUGCUUCUUCGGGCCUGCGGCGCUCUACAUAUGGGCCGUCGGGAUUCUUGCAGCCGGUCAGAGCUCCACCAUGACUGGAACCUACUCUGGCCAGUUUGUCAUGGAGGGCUUCCUGAACCUGCGUUGGUCGCGUUUUGCUCGGGUUUUGCUGACCCGCUCCCUCGCCAUCACUCCCACGCUGCUGGUGGCCAUUUUUAAGGACGUGCAGCACCUGACGGGCAUGAACGACUUCCUCAACGUGCUCCAGAGCAUGCAGCUGCCGUUCGCCCUCAUCCCCAUCCUCACCUUCACCAGUCUGCCGUCUCUGAUGAACGACUUCGCCAACGGGCUGACGUUUAAGAUCAUGGGAGGUCUGGUGAUCCUGUGCGUGUGCGCCAUCAACAUGUACUUCGUGGUGGUGUACGUGACGGCACUGAACAGCGUGUGGCUCUAUGUCCUUGCUGCCUUCCUCUCCCUGGCGUACCUCACGUUCGUGGGCUACUUGGUGUGGCUGUGUCUGAUAGCGCUGGGUGUGUCCUGGCUGGAUCCGAGCUCCAGGAGAGAAAACGACUCAACCAUCCUGAUACCGGAGCAGCCGGAGUUUGACUCCUGAGCCAAGCGUAGCUUAAACUGGAUCAUCGGUCAACCCAGAACCGGGUCCAACUCUGACCGGUUGGAUGGUGCUAAAGUAUUUUUAAUAAUCUGUAAUGUAUAAUCUGUUUCAUGUUGUUUUUAUCUUCAUUGUGACAUGUUAGAAAGCUGAAGGAGAGUCAGUUUUUAAGUUUUUCAGUGCAAAACAGAGCAUGGACACAGGACACCUUAGCAUGUUGUGCUAGCGCGUCGCUAACACUCACUAUGUUGCACUUUCCAAAAUUAAUCUCAACUUUUUGGACUUCUCCACAUUUUGUCACAUUACAACCUAAAACUUCAAUGUAUUUAUUCAGAUUUUAUGCAAAUUGGGCCUGUAUUGUGAAGUUGAAGGAAAGUUAUUUCAAAAUGGCAACUGUUAAGAUCCACUUUUAAAUCUAGGGGAAUAUUCUCAGUUGGAUUACAGUCAGGUCCAUUCUAAAACAUGUUUAUUUGUACUUUAUUUAUUUCAAUAUUAAACCUCUAAGGGCUUCAAAGAACAGCUGGAUUUAUAUAAAUCAGGAUGACAAUUUGAUAUGAUAUGACUGUUUACUAGCAACUUUAGGAGGAAAUUAGUUGUCAGGAAUUUGAAUCAGGUAAAAAGGAUAUGGUUAUCGACUUGAGCAAAUGCUAAAACUCGCUGUAAACAUGAUGUAUAUAAACUCCAAAACGCACAAAAACAAAAUGCAGCAGAAAAAUGCUUCAAUCACAGGAAAUAGAAGCAUCUUAAAAGAUGUCGGCCAUUGUAAAAGAGGAAUACUUGUGCACAUAACACUUUUCAGAUUUUAAACAAAAAUUUUAAAAAAACUAUGCAUCAUUUCCCUUUCACUUUGCAUUUCUGAAAAACACAAAAUCUUU